AAAAAAAGUCACAUAAAUAAACUUGUUUUAAAGCGAUUAAUCUAUUACUUAGCAUAUAUUGGUAUUUAUAAUUCAUGGGCUGUUGUGUCUUGUUUUUUCUAAAUUUAUUAGAUUGAACGGAUUAGUAAAUAGUUAAGAUAAAUAUUUCAAUAUUUCAAAGUUCAUCGAUCAUAAAUAUUGUGAAAUCCAAAUUUUUACAAGACUGACAUUAUUUGACAACAAAAAUAAAUCAUGGAUCCUAAAUUUGUGAAUGUGCUGAUAUUGGGCUUUGGCUUCAUGUUCCUGUUUACUGCCUUCCAAACAAUGGGAAAUAUCGAGAAAACAGUGCUUGACAGCAUCCAUGAAGAUGAUCCGACGUUCACAGGAGAUGGAUACAUAAGCUUAGCCAUUAUUUAUGCUGUUUUUGCUAUUUGUAAUUGGAUAGCACCGCCUGUUAUCGCAUUAACAGGUCCAAGAAUUGCCAUGUUGAUUGGUGCAGUUGCUUAUUGCUCAUUUAUGAUAUCAUUUUUAUGGCCGAAAACAUGGAUUCUUUAUGGUAUGAGUGCUUUACUUGGAGUGGGCGCUGCAAUCAUUUGGACAGCUCAGGGAUCAUUUCUGUCCAAAUGUAGCGACUCUUCCACCAUAUCUAGAAAUUCAGGAAUAUUUUGGGCAAUGUUACAAAUGAGCAUGUUUUUUGGAAAUUUGUUUGUCUUCUUCCAAUUUCAAGGGAAGAGUCACAUCGAUCAAACAACGAGAACGUUGGUGUUUUCCGUCCUCAUAGGUGUUGGUGUUUUAGGUUUCUUCUUCCUGACAGCAUUACGACCUAUCCAUGAGCAACGCGUUGUUGAUGCUAUUGAAGGAGAUGUUGACGAUGAACUUGAUAAUCCAUCAAAUGACGUGCGAGCUGCGUUCAGGAACUCUGUAAACUUGUUUUUUACAAAGGAAAUGCUUCUUCUCAGUCUGACGUUUUUUUAUACUGGUCUUGAACUGUCGUUCUUCAGCGGAGUUUACUCACCAAGUAUUGGAUUCACUCAAGCCAUUGGUGAAUCUGCCAAACAACUUGUUGGCUUAUCAGGAAUUUUCAUUGGAGUUGGUGAAGUUUCUGGUGGUGUCCUGUUUGGAUUACUUGGAGCUAGAACAUCAAAUAAAAUUGGACGCGAUCCUAUUGUGAUUCUUGGAUUUAUCGUACAUGUCAUUGCAUUCUUUUUUAUCUUCUUGAACUUGCCAAAUAAUGCAAAUCUAGGCGACACAACUGACAUUGGCAUAUUAACUCAGCCAACAAAGCUAUCAAUUCCUUUAUUCCAUAGCAAUGAUAAAACAAAUGAAAUAAAAAGCGAAGCAUUAAAUCUUGUUUUCAAAUUGCAAUCUUCGAAUGAGUCAUCAAUAUCAGCUGAUAUAAAUUAUGUCAAAUGCACUGGCUCAUCGACGCCCAAGAAAUUAAGCCCAUUGAAUGAAUUUUUGAAACCUCAUAGUAUUCUUUCGCAAAAUAAUUCAUCAGAAAGCGAUGAUGAUGAUGAUGAAAAUUCUAAGAAAGAUGAAAUUAAUUUAUAUCCGUUGACAAAUCAAGUUGGUGGACACACACGACUAUUAUUGCUGAAUGACAGAACAGUUAUAAAACCUCUAAACGUUCGAGAAUUGGAAUUUUAUCAAAACAUUCCAGGCAACGAUAUUCAAGAGUUUGUUCCCAGCUAUAAAGGAGUGAUGCAAGCAACAACAGGUGAAACUUGGGAGAAAAGGUACAGCCCAAACUUUCGGGAUGUUGAUCCUUUAAAGCGCCAAAGUUCAACAAAACGAAAACGAGACGAUGUUCUACGAAUGAAAAUCCAUAAAAACGGAAAUGCUUCGGAAGUUCUUAAAAGUAUUUCGUCUUUAGACAACUCUAAUAAGCAAUACUUCUUAAUGUUGGAAAAUAUCACAUCAAAGUUCCGCCAGCCUUGCAUUUUGGAUCUCAAGAUGGGAACGAGACAACAUGGAGACGAUGCAUCAGCUGAGAAGCGCUCAAAGCAAAUGGCAAAAUGUGCUGCUAGUACAUCAGCGAGACUCGGUGUACGAAUUUGUGGAUUGCAGAAGUUUCUUAUCGGAACAAAUGAACCGAUAAAACGAGACAAGUAUUGGGGUCGCAAAUUAACUGAGGCCGACUUUAAGAAUGCGCUUCAUGAUUUUUUUCACAAUGGCACACGCUUAAAGAGAAAAGUAAUCGAAAAAGUUCUCUCAAGACUCGAGCAAUUGCAUAGUGUGAUUGAAAAGCAAUCAAGUUAUCGAUUUUAUUCAUGCUCAUUGCUUCUUGUGUACGAAGGAAAAGAUGACAUCGAAAUUGAAUCGGAAGCAAAUGAAAAUUUACUUGAACUUAACUCCAACAAUUACGAUGCUGACAUUUCUAAUUGUUCUACUGACAUGAAUUCAUCUCUCAACACAUACCGUCGAUGUUUGUCAAAUGAAGAAAAUGAUUUUGGAAUUGGACAUGACGACGAGUCAAUCAGUUCGUGUACGAAUGAUGAAGAGUUUAUAAAGAAAGAAGAGGGAAUUUCUUGUAAAGGUCGUUUAGAUCGUCCAGAAUCUCUUCUUUCGAUGGAUUCUUGGUUGAAUUAUAGCAAUAGCAGUGACGAGAGUAGAUGCCAGAAUUUUAUCGACCAUCAGAAAGGAUCGAAUUUGCUGUUAACUGACGAUGAAACUGCACAAGAUAAAGACGACGUUGAUGUUUAUGACAAAAUUAAUUUCGUCAAUUCAAAAUCUUUAGUUUCGUGUAAGAAAUCGAAAAUCGAUCAGAAGAGAGAUGAAAGCAACUUGAAUCCGUUUCGCUUUCCAGCAAGUCAAAGCAAGGCAGCUAUCUUUGAGGUGGGAACAAAUAAAUUUGGACAUGAAACUGAUGAUGGCAUUGAAGUUGAAUUAGAAGGUGAAGAAGAUGAUCAACUUUCAUCACUUAGCAGUACAAUUGAUACGAUUAUUGUGAGUGAUUCGGGUGAAACAAAGUUUUUCAAUUCUUCUGGAGAACAAGAAGAUCAUCCGAGCUCCAAGAAGAAAAAAUCGAUCAGAAAUGAUAAAGAUGAUAAAGGAGAAGUUAAAAAAAAAGAAACUCAAACAAAAUUCUCACCGUUAGUUGAUGUACGCAUCAUAGACUUUGCACAUGCAGCGUUCAAAUCAAAAAAUUCGAUGAAAUUACUUCCAAAAAUUGAGAGUGAAAAAAUUCAUCAUGGGCCAGAUGGCGGGUUCCUUACUGGCAUUAAAAGCUUGAAAAAUAUUUUGUCGAAAAUUAUUGAAGAAGCAACAUAAACGAAUUCAAUUAACGCUUCUUCUCAAAGUGUACAAAGUCAUAUUAAGUAAAGUUUCAUUGAACUUAUUUUUUUCUAUUCUUCAUAACCAAUUGUUGAAUGUUUUCAACAAUUAUUCAUUUUUUCGAUUUAGUUCAUGUUGCCAUUGAUAAUUUUUAGUUUUAUUUCCCUUAAUUUCCCGUGCGUGUGUGAAUGUAAAACUGGUUGAUUAAAGUUUAGCAGAGAAACAAAUAAAAAGAAUGACAAAGUAUUUCAAGCGCCAUGUCUCAUUUGUUGAUAUUUUGUUUCACUUAUUUCUUUUCUUUUGAUUCUUCUUGACAUCAUUCUAAUUAAUGUAUCGAUAUAGUUGAACUUGAUAUGUUUACAAAAACGAAUUGUAUGUUAUGUUAAAAUAAGAAUGUGAAUAGAAUUAGGAAAGUAAUGGAUGAAUAAAAAUAAAUUUCGAAUCAAUUAAGAA